CAUUGGCCCGCUCGAUGGAUCUGUUCCCCAUACUCGGCCUGGCAAAGUUCACCCAGGUGGUGGAAUUGCAGAAAACUCAGUUCCCCUAUCUUAGGUUAUCGACGUAUGUCGCUCCCACUUCCCAAUGACAUCCUCCUCCUGGUUGGGGAGUACAUGGAAGACCAUCGGGACCGCUACAACUUGCUCUUUGUCUGUCGUCAUUUCCACGACUUGUUCCUACGUUUGGUCUACCAAGCAGCAGCCUUGAAGGACUGCUGCCAGAUACGUUCUUUUUUGGGAGCUCUGCUCCGUCGUCCCGAGCUGGCUCGGGCCGUUCGCACCCUGGACUUUCACGACUGGCAUCCGAAGUCCACUUCCACUCGUUUUACUCCGUCCAAUGAAGACCUGGUGCCGUUUAUACAAUGGGCCCACACUCUCAGUCAUACCGCAGAAGAACACAUGAAAUGGGAGCAGGAUCUCCGGGACGAUGUUGAGGAGGCCUGGAUUGCGCUGCUCCUGCCACUGGCGAGUAACCUGAGACACUUGCAAUUGGUAUACCCCAGGCAAAACCUCUACUUGGACCGCAUGGUGCAGCGGGCUGUAAAAGGAGAGAAGCCUUUUGACGAUCAGCCUGCGUUUCGCGUACUACGGGAUGUUUCUCUGAGUCACCUGGCCGAUGAGGACAGCCGGGGAAGCUAUCAGCCUUCUCAGGUCCUUCCUUUCUUCCAAUUGCCGUCGAUGCGGGCGUUUUCGGCGGACUCGGUGGUUGAAUCCACCCGUCCACAAGAGCCUGAAUCGGCCCAGCCUGUCGAGGCCGGCUCCUCGCUGAUUUUCGAGAUCACGCUGAGUGCGAGCAGUGGCUCUCAGGGUAUGCAGAGCCUGGUUGCCUCCUGUUCCUCACUCAAAUCCUUCAAGUAUCAACACUCUGACGAGCACCUGCUCGCGGAGGGAUUCCGGCCCUCUGCAUUCUUUGAAUCACUAGCCAAGAGUAAGGACAGCCUGGAAACUCUCUGGCUGGACAGUUACGGCACCCACUUGCCCUUCACCGUUGCCGGGGCGAACGAGACGCACGACGAGUGGUUUGGGCCUUUGACCGAGUUUACUUCCUUGAAGAACAUUCGCAUCCGCCUGCCCAACCUUUUGGACGUGCGCUACCAGUAUGAACCAUCAUGUCCGCUCACAGAUGUGCUCCCGUCGUCGGUAGAGUCGCUCUACGUGGAAGGGUGCAAGGAGAGCUCGCUGGGGAUGCUAGUUGGGCAGCUGCAAACGGUGCUCAACCAGCGGAAGAGCCAGUUUGCGAGGCUGAAACGACUCGACAUCGAAGGAUUCUUCCACGACGAGGACGACGAGGAUGCCUCGGGCUACCAGCCCGGGGAGGCCGGCGAGAAGGUGAUUAAGGCCCGAGUAUAUGAAACUUUUGAACCGCUCCACCGCGCGUGUGCCGAAGCGGGAAUCGACCUAUAUGUCCGCGACCGGGCGUGUUGGCGAGAUGAGAUGCUAUGAUAUGACACGACAUGAUAGAUUUGCAUGCGUAUACCCGAUAGACAUUGUUCCUUUUGCAUUGAGAUCAUUCAGUUUAGCUUGAAAUAGACCAUAUAUGAUAUA